GGACCCGCUGUAGAUUCCUGUCACUUCGCAGAGCGUGUCCCUCGGCGACAUGGCCCUGCCGCCCUUCUUCGGCCCGGCUCGCCCCGGCCUGCUGCCCCCGCAGCCGCCGCCUCCUGCUCCUUUCGGCUGCCCGCCGCCGCCGCCGCUGCCUUCCCCGGCUUUUCCGCCGCCCCUUCCCCAGCGGCCCGGCCCUUUUCCGGGGCCCUCCGCUCCCUUCCUCCAGCCGGCGCUGGCUCUGCAACCCCGGCCGCCCGCCGAAGCCCCCCGUCGCGGCGGCGGUGGUGGCAGUGGUGGCGGCGGCUUCUACCCGGUGCCGCCUCCGCCGCUGCCUCCGCCGCCGCCCCAGUACCGGCCCUUCCCGGGCGCCCGGCUGCGCGGGGCUCUGCGCCUCGUUCGGCGGCUCCGCGGCCUGGGUCAGGCCCUGCGCGAGGCCGAGGCGGACGGCGCGGCCUGGGCGCUACUGCACGCCCGGGCCACGCCGCUGCGCGCUGAACUGGCCGAGCGGCUGCAGCCUCUGUCCCAGGCCGCCUAUGUCGGCGAGGUUCGCCGGAGGCUGGAGAGGGUGCGGCGUCGCCGGCUACGGCUGCGCGAGAGGGCGCGGGAACGCGCAGCCGAGCGAGAGGCGGAGGCCGCGCGGGCCGCAGAGCGCGAGCAGGAGAUCGACCGCUGGCGGGUGAAGUGCGUGCAGGAGGUGGAGGAGAAGAAGCGGGAACAAGAACUCAAAGCUGCUGCCGAUGGUGUCUUAGCUGAAGUAAGGAAAAAACAAGCAGACACUAAAAGAAUGGUGGAUAUUCUUCGAGCCUUGGAGAAGCUGAGGAAACUGAGAAAAGAGGCUGCAGCAAGAAAAGGGGUCUGUCCUCCAGCCUCUGCAGAUGAGACUUUUGAGCACCAUCUUCAGCGACUGAGAAAGCUCAUUAAAAAGCGCUCUGAACUGUAUGAAGCAGAAGAGAGGGCCCUCCGAGUGAUGCUGGAGGGAGAACAAGAGGAGGAGAGGAAAAGGGAAUUGGAAAAGAAACAGAGAAAAGAAAAAGAGAAAUUUUUACUUCAGAAACGUGAAGUUGAGUCCAAGUUAUUUGGGGAUCCAGAGGAGUUCCCCCUUGCUCACCUCCUGCAGCCUUUCCGCCAGUAUUACCUCCAAGCGGAGCACUCCCUGCCGGCGCUCAUCCAGAUAAGGCACGAUUGGGAUCAGUACCUGGUGCCAGCUGACCAUCCCAAAGGCAGCUCUGUUCCCCAAGGAUGGGUCCUCCCGCCGCUCCCCAGCAACGAUGUCUGGGCGUCCGCCAUGAAACUGCAGUAGGACGGAAGCUCCGGGAGUGCGGUCCGCCGGCGCGCUCUCCCUCUCUGAGAACUGGUGAUGCUGCCUUCUGUGCCGUGGACACCACCACAGCUUGUGAACUCCACGUGGCAUGGCGUAGCCUCAAGUUAUGCUUUCUUCUGUGCUCUGUCCUGGCCAGAGGUGCCUCUUGAAGCAGGGGGUUAAUGUGGUUCUUGAGGAAAGGACCGAGGUAAACUGAGGUUAUUGUCUUGGUUCACCAAAUUUGCCUCUGUUUUGAGGGGCUUGGUCCCAAGUGACUCACUGAUGGACCUUAGCUUCCUUGUGUGUUGAAGGAAGAAUCGAUACAUUCAGAUGCUCAGUGCGCAUGUGCGCUGGGUAGGCUUUGCGGCCUUUCCCCAGUACUGAAUGUAAGGGCAAGCCUGCUCAAAACCUUAAGCUUCCUACCCAGAGAGCCCUCUGACUCCCAGGAAUAAAGGCCGAGAAUUCGACUUUCACUUUUGUUAAUUCCAGUUAUGAUGUGGUUUGCGAGGCUGCUGGUUAAGAUGAUGGCAGUGGCUGCGGUCCAGGCUAAGAAGAUGCCAGCCUAGUCCUGGCGAGAAUUUAGAAAAUCUUGAGUGCCCGCGCUGCGUGACGUUCCAGUGGACCGCAGUUGUAUUUCCCUCGUAUUCCGCAUCCUAACGCAGGCGCCUGGUUUUGAAGUUCCUAGGCAUUUAGUUGUUCAGAAUCUCCAAGGCCAGAAGUUGAUUUUCCUAUGGGAGUGGGACCUUUCUUGAUUUUAUUCAGUCAUGGUAGGAGCUGGUAGGCUUACAGAAACAUCUGUAGUCAAAGUGAGGGAAAAGCAAAAAUGAUAAAAUUUAUUUUUAAUAUUCACUAAUAAAUGCUAUUGUGCUUAAUCAGUCAUA